AUGCUCAAAGCUCUGCGAGGAGGAUGCCGUUCACACCAGAAGAGAGCCCCUCGCUUCACUGCCGCCGGGUGCAUGGAACCCGCUGAAGAAAGGACGAGCAAAGAGUUGGCGUCAUCGACAAAGAAGAUGUCCGGGUAUUCGGGCCGUGAUGCGAGGAAGCUGUUCGACAAGAUGCCCUUGAGGGACCCAGUCUCAUACAACGUAAUGAUUCGAGAUUAUAUCCGAGAUGGAAACAUCGAGGAAGCGAGAAACAUGUUCGACAGGAUGCCUGGGAGGAACACUGUUUCCUGGAAUUCGAUGAUCAUGGGGUAUUCGUCGAGAAGAGAAAUGCAUGCCGCUUUGAAGCUCUUUUUCAUCAUGCCCGAUCAUUACAAGGACGCUAUCAGCUGGACCACCGUUGCCGGUGGGCUCGCUCGCGGCUGCCGGCUCGGCGAUUCUUUGAAACUGUUGGAGCAAUCGCCGCAGCCUCAUCCAGCCGCUUGGGCGUCGGUCGUAUCUGGCGCCCAGCAGAAUGGCUUAGCAUGCGAAGCCCUGGUGAUCUUCAGAGAAAUGCUCUCCCUGGGGAUAACUCCCGUUUCUCAUGCAUUCACAAGCGCAGCUGCUGCUGCUGCGGAUCUGUCUGCGCUGCUCGUGGGUCGGCAGCUCUUCUCCCAGAUCCUGACGAGGGGAUUAGGUGCAAACACCCGGGUUGGAAACUCGGUUAUCUCCAUGUUCAUGAAGUCUGGAAGCCUGGGUGAGGCGAGGAGCCAUUUCGACCAGAUGCCCGGGCGCGACCUGGUCACGUGGAAUGCCGUAAUUACCGGAUUUGGCUGUCACGGGCUUGGAGCUGAGGCGAUCUCCCAGUUCCAUCAGAUGCAGCUGGCUGGUUUUCAGCCUGAUUCGAUCAGCUUUAUCGGUGUUCUUCUGGGAUGCAGCCACUCUGGCUAUGUAGACGAAGGGCAGAGAUAUUUUGACAGCAUGCACAGAGAUUUCGGUAUCCGUCCGCGACCUGAGCACUAUGCUUGCCUGAUCGACGUCUUUGCGCGUGCUGGGAUGAUCAGAGAAGCGGCGGAUAUGAUCCUCGACGUGCCCUUUGAGGCCUCCUCUGUAGUCUGGAGGGCGCUGUUGAAUGGAUGUAGGAUCUAUGGACAACAUGCAGCUGCCGCGUCCUUGAAGGCCAUGGAAAUCUACAGAGCUUCUGGGAGAUGCGCAGAGGAAGCGAGGCUUGGGCAGUCGAUGGGGAGAAGAGUGGGAAAGGAGGUGGGGUGCAGUUGGGUCGAAGUACAAGGGAGGGCGCAUGUUUUUACCACAAGGGAUGAGACGCAUUAUGAAUCUCAAAGUAUCUACAUGGUUCUCAAGCUGUUGACGAAUGAGAUUGCUGCCCAUCAUGAGUGA